CCACUCGGCGGCGGUGCGGCGGCGCUGUCCGGACUCCCCCGCGCCUCCGAAGGGCUGGAGCACCGAUCCAAGAUCUCUGGCUACUUGUUCUCAUGGUUUCAAGGCACAAUGAGGCACACUGGCUCUUGGAAACUGUGGCCUUGGAUGGUGGUGUUCUUUCUUCCUACUUCUACUUGCUUGACGGUCAGGGAAAAGCCAGAAAAAUCAUGUCCUUUACUGAGAACUGAGAGAUACCACUUUAUGCAAGAUGACAGAGACAAACUUGAAGUUUCAGGUUUUGAUCUAGGAGAGAGCUUUUCUCUGAGGCAUGCAUUUUGCGAAGGUGACAAAACUUGCUUCAAACUGGGAAGCGUGCUUCUUAUCAGAGAUACCAUUAAGAUCUUCCCCAAAGGCCUUCCUGAGGAAUACUCUGUAACAGUCAUGUUUCGGGUACGGAGAAGCACCAAAAAGGAGAGGUGGUUUCUAUGGCAGAUUUUAAACCAGCAAGAUAGGCCACAGAUUUCAGUAGUGAUUGAUGGUGCAAAGAAGGUGGUAGAAUUUAUGUUCCAAGGUGCUGAGGGAGAUACGUUGAACUACAUUUUUAAAAAUCGAGAACUCCGCCCUCUGUUUGACCGUCAGUGGCAUAAACUUGGCAUUGGUGUCCAAUCCCGAGUCAUUGCUCUCUAUGUGGAUUGUAAUUUAAUUGUAAGCCGGCACACAGAUGAAAAGCACCCUGUGGAUUUUCAUGGAAGGACAGUUAUUGCUGCACGGGCCUCAGAUGGCAAGCCUGUGGAUAUUGAACUUCAUCAACUUAAAAUCUACUGCAACACUAACAUCUUAGCUCAAGAAACAUGUUGUGAACUAUCAGCUACUAAGUGUCCAGAGCAAGUCAACUUUGGAAGUACCACAUCGUCAUGGGUAACUGCUCAUGCUGGUAAAAUAUCUGCAUAUCUUCCGGCAAAGCAAGAACUUAAGGACCGAUGUCAGUGCAUUCCAAACAAGGAGGAAGCUGAAUUAUUGGGAGCUCUGGGUUCCCUUGGACUGAAAGGGGAGAAAGGAGAGCCGGGUGAAAAUGGUUUACGUGGUAUUCCAGGCUUACCUGGCCAAAAGGGAGAACAAGGUAUUGAAGGCAGCAAAGGAGAAAUUGGUGAAAAGGGUGAACCCGGAACCAAAGGAUACCCUGGACUGGAUGGCCUUAAUGGACAAGAUGGUUUGAAAGGUGACUUGGGUCCUCAAGGUGCACCUGGUCCAAAAGGAGAAAAGGGUGAUAUGGGACCUCCAGGGCCACCAGCAUUAAUUGGUUCCACGGGGAUGCAAGGCCCCCAAGGACCACCUGGAAAAGAAGGUCAAAGGGGAAGACGAGGGAAAACAGGACCUCCAGGAAAACCAGGACCACCUGGACCACCUGGACCUCCUGGGUUACAAGGAAUACAACAAAAUCUUGGUGGCUAUUUCAACAAGGGAAGUGGUGAACAUGGAGCUGGUGGUCCCAAAGGAGAAAAGGGUGAAACGGGACUGCCAGGAUUUCCAGGGUCUGUUGGCCCUAAAGGACAAAAGGGAGAACCUGGGGAGCCUUUAAUGAAAGGUGAAAAGGGAGAUAGAGGAGAACCUGGCCUAAUAGGAUCACAGGGAAUAAAGGGAGAAUCUGGAGAUCCUGGUCCACCGGGUUUGAUAGGAAGCCCAGGACUGAAGGGUCAGCAAGGACCUGCAGGUUCCAUGGGGCCCAGAGGACCACCAGGAGAUAUUGGAUUGCCAGGAGAACAUGGUAUCCCAGGGAAACAAGGCACUAAAGGAGAAAAGGGAGAUCCAGGUGGAAAGAUAGGACCUCCUGGACUUCCAGGUCCAAAGGGUGAGGCUGGGCCUCCAGGGAAAAGCCUGCCAGGGGAGCCAGGACUAGAUGGAAAUCCCGGAGUGCCUGGUCCUCGUGGACCAAAGGGUGAAAGAGGACUGCCAGGUGUCCACGGCUCCCCAGGUGACACGGGCCCACCAGGAGUGGGAAUUCCUGGAAGAACAGGCUCUCAAGGACCAGCUGGAGAGCCUGGUGUUCAGGGUCCUCGAGGUCUCCCUGGAUUGCCAGGAACCCCAGGAACCCCUGGGAAUGAUGGAACUCCAGGGAGAGAUGGAAAACCAGGCCUGCCAGGCCCCCCAGGUGACCCGAUUGCACUUCCUCUCUUGGGAGAUAUUGGCGCCUUGCUCAAGAACUUCUGUGGUAACUGCCAAGCCGGUGUCCCUGGGCUGAAAAGCAACAAAGGGGAUGAAGACAGCGCUGGAGAGCCUGGGAAGUAUGAUUCUGCAGCCCGGAAGGGUGAUGUAGGACCACGGGGCCCUCCAGGAAUCCCAGGCAGAGAAGGACCAAAGGGAAGCAAAGGAGAGCGGGGUUACCCUGGAAUACCUGGGGACAAAGGCGAUGAGGGUCUUCAAGGAGGUCCGGGAAUCUCAGGAGCUCCAGGCCCGACUGGACCCCCUGGAUUAAUGGGAAGAACUGGACACCCAGGUCCAACCGGAGCAAAAGGUGACAAGGGCAGCGAGGGACCCCCUGGGAAACCUGGACCUCCUGGACCACCUGGCAUCCCGUUUAAUGAAGGCAGUGGCAUGAGCAGUCUAUAUAAAAUCCAGGGAGGAGUGAGCGUUCCCAGUUAUCCAGGGCCACCUGGUCCCCCAGGCCCAAAAGGAGAUCCUGGUCCAGCGGGCGAGCCUGGUGCAAUGGGAUUGCCAGGUCUAGAAGGAUUUCCUGGUGUAAAGGGAGAUCGAGGCCCAGCAGGUCCCCCAGGAGUAGCAGGCAUAUCGGGAAAACCUGGCAGCCCAGGCCCUCCAGGAGCUCCAGGGGAGCUGGGUGAAAGAGGACCUGUUGGAGAUAUAGGUUUUCCUGGACCAGAAGGACCCUCAGGAAAGCCAGGGAUAAAUGGAAAAGAUGGAUUACCAGGUGCUCAGGGCAUCAUGGGUAAACCUGGAGACAGAGGACCCAAAGGAGAACGUGGUGAUCAAGGAAUCCCAGGAGACAGAGGUCCACAGGGUGAACAGGGAAAACAAGGCCUUACAGGCAUGAAGGGAGCUGUAGGUCCUGUGGGGCCACCAGGAAGCAAGGGCUCCAUGGGCUCCCCUGGCCGCCCAGGCCCUCCAGGCUCUCCAGGCACUCCUGGCACUCCAGCUGAUGCUGUUUCAUUUGAAGAAAUAAAAAAGUAUAUUAAUCAAGAGGUUCUGAGGAUUUUUGAAGAGAGGAUGGCUGUGUUUCUGUCCCAGCUUAAGCUGCCAGCUGCAAUGUUGGCUGCUCAAGCUCAUGGGAGGCCUGGUCCACCUGGGAAGGAUGGGUUACCAGGGCCACCAGGAGACCCUGGACCCCAAGGCUACCGAGGACAGAAAGGAGAAAGAGGUGAACCUGGAAUUGGGCUGCCAGGGAGUCCAGGUCUUCCUGGGUCUUCAGCACUGGGUUUGCCAGGUUCACCAGGUGCCCCAGGGCCUCAAGGCCCCCCAGGACCCAGUGGGAGAUGCAAUCCAGAAGACUGCCUCUAUCCUGUGUCUCCUGCCCAUCAGCGGGCAGGCGGCAAGUGAACACACAGAGGGAAAAAUCCUUCCUGUGAUAUCUCUUUGCCAUUGGAGCUGUCAGUAUGGGCUUCCAAACCAUGCGUUCUUAAGCGCUUAUGGUUUAUGGACUGCUGUUCCUUCUUUAUUUUUUUUUUUUCAGACACCAAAAGCAACAAUCUGAUUCUUAUUCCUAUAGAAAUUGCGACUCGAUAUUUUUUUAAUUUUUACCAACUUUGUUCCGUGUUUUGCUUU